AUGGGCCGUGAGUCUUCUUCGGAUGAAUAUGUAUUUGGGUUUGGAGUGAGCAUAAGUGGGCAGUACAAGAUUGUUAGGUUUCAUGAUGAGGUUGAUUUUCUCCUUACCUGUCAAGUAUACAAUCUAGGAAUAGGGCAAUGGAAAAACAUCCCAAUUGAUAGCCAAUUGGUAUUCUGGUAUCAACAUGAAUUUCUACCUACUUUGGUGAAUGGAAAUCUUCAUUGGCUUCUAUUUGAUAUUUACAAGUCAUUCACUGAUCCUCCUAGAGUUUUUUGCCUUGAUCUUGAGACCAAGCUAUUUAAAUUUUUUUCAUGUCCUAGUGCUGUUCAAAAUCAUAAUGAAGGCACGUGGUAUGAGCUAUCUGCUUUGAAGGGACGCUUGUGCUUUAGCGAUGAUGCAAAUCAUGAUGUGACUAAAAUAUGGUGCAUGAAGAAAUAUGGAGAUGACAAAUCAUGGACUAAGGAUUAUGUUAUCAAGAGAAAACCAUCUAUGUACAGACUUCCUGAUUUUUUCCAUCGCCGUGUCAAAGGUAAUCGUCCUUAUAAUUUACAUGAUUAUACGAGCGGGAGAGAUCUUGAUUUAGUUAUAGAUUUCCAAAAUCACUGUCAUGACCCGCUUUAUCCCGUCAAAGCAUUCAAAGAUGGCGGGAUCUUACUCGCCUUGCAUUUAUCUGCUCGAUUAUUUUACUACUCGGAUACGACUAAAGAUAUUAGAGAGAUCAAGAAAGAGAGGAACCAUGCUAGAUCCAACUUAGUUAUUCAUAAUCCAAAUUUUGUUUCGCUCAAAUCCUUGGUGAUGAAGAAUAUGAGGGUUAAGUUGCUUUAA